CUUUGCCAUUGUCAGAUUGUGUUCUUGUGCCUCUGGUUCGCCCUUGAUCUGGCACUAUACUUCUGCCCACGGUAAGAAAGCGCUUUGGACAGAUGUAGUGUUCAGAAUCUAAGAAGCAUCUCAUCUGUGUACUCCUCAAAAAUUGACACAUGGACUUGCACUCGGGUAAAUUUUGAACCCUGGAUAUUUCCUGUAUUGGGCUCCGGACGAUUUGCCCCUUGCUCUUAUAUGGUAAAAACUAUAUCUUCUCUGACUUUUUUUAACCGAGCUAAUAUAUAUAUUUUUUAUUUUAAGAAGUAUUUUAUAUGUACUAUACCUAAAUUCGCUUUACAUGAACACUUUCAUACAGAUGAAACAUGUGACGCAUAUAAUCCUGCGUAAAUCGCUCAGAUGAAACCCGGCUGGUGUAGCUGUUUUCGAUUUUUUUUCUUUGCCUUGCUGAUUUUCUAACAACUAUCAACGAAGAUUCAACACAUUUUAUAGCAGGCAAAAUGAGCUACUCUACAUGAAAUUUGUUUAGGUGAAGCCAAUACAUUCCUAUUUUUAUCGCACAAUGAGCUAUUCCAAAAAUUCCAUAUUCAGAGCUAGCCCUACCCUGGGUUCCAGAGCAUAUAUUUUUCUUUUUAGGUAUUUUGAGACCGGACUAGCCCCAGGUUUUUGGCGGUUUUUCAAAAUGGCUAUUAUCAGAAGCAAAGUCAAGUGGUCUUGCUUGAAAAGGACUCCUAAAGUAAUUUUGAAACAGCAUGCAACGGACGAACUUACGUAGUCAGAAGGAACACAGUUUGGACUAGAAUGGGAUGUUUAUAGUUUGAUCGGUUUUGUUCUGUUCGUGGAACAAAUCAUAGCUUUUAUAAUUUUUUUCUUGGUUCUAUCUUUUAUUUUGCUCAAGUUAUUCAGAGUUGAAGGCGGGGCUUCCACCGGGGUCCCUCCUCGGGCCACUGUUGUUUAAUAUAUUCAUUAAUGACUUGAAUUAUGCGGUCCCGGACGUGUCUUUGAGAUUAUACGCGGAUGACACGACUCUGUAUGCAUCAGAUGUCUCUCCCAUUGCCCUGCAAUUUGUUGUGAACCGGGCUCUCAGCCGCCUGUCGGAGUGGUUCGAUGCAAACUAUUUGUUGAUAAACAAUGCCAAGACGCAAGCCCUUCCGAUCGGUCCCUGCAAGUACGAUUUUGACUUAACUUUGAAUGGUUCUGGCGUUACUAAACUUCUCUCUAUUAGAAUCUUGGACAUGGAACUUGAUAGCAUGUUAAACUUUAUAGAACAUAUUUCUAGUCAGCUAAAAAAAGGCGUAUGCGAAGACCGGCGCACUUAGGAGAAUUAGGCAUUUUGUACCUAUGGAUGUUAUGCUAGCAUUAUACAAAUCUUUCAUUUUACCAAAUCUAGAAUACUGUGGUCCCCUCCUGUUAGGGAUGGGGAAAGUCCAGGCGAAUAAAAUUGAAGACGCCAAUCAUUAUAUAUUUAGGACUCUGACAGGGCACGGGAAAUCAUUGUCUUACCAAGAGCUCUUAAAUAUAUGUAAGUUGGACACUUUAGAGUGUAGGAAAAAGUAGCAAUCUCUGAUCCUAUUAUUUAAAUGCAUUAGGAAUAUAGGGCCAAAAUACAUUAGAGACUUUUUUAGCGUAAGAGAAACGUCUUACAAUUUAAGAGGAAAUGGCAUUUAUCUUUGGGUUCCCCAGAAAUUUAAUCUUAAUUUUAUGAGGAACUUUUAUUAUUGUUAUUAUUAUUUUUUUAAUACUAGAUUUUUAUUAUAAUUGUAGAUUUAAUGCACGUUUGUAUUUUGAACGAGCACUUGUGCUCUUAGACGAUAAUGUGGGUAAAUAAAUUAUUGAUUGAUUUUGUGAAGCUUGCUGGAUAGUCUUUAAUUUAAGGCUUAUUAGCUUGUAUAACAAACAUGAAAAUAAUUUUCAUGUGACCCAGAUCUUUAGCUGUCUUUGAUUGAGCUAAAAGAUCUUUUAAUGAGCUAGUCCAGGAUCCUCUGGAUCUUGUAGGUAAGUGAAUUCAUUCAAGAAAGUUGGAAAUUUUAUUCUCUUCAGAAUCACAAACAGAAUGAGUGAGGUAGAAAAUGAUUUAAAGGUGGCGGAUGAGUUGCAUGAAAAUGGAGAAGCACAGAAAGUGUAUGACAUGCUGAUCAAAUACAAAGACUUGCAAAAUGCAGAAGUUGAGUGGCGAUUGGCAAGAGCCUGCAGAAUAUUACCCAUGGCUGAUUCAGAAAAGAAAAAAAAAGCAUUUGCAUAUGAAGCUCAUGAACAUGCUAAGUUGGCUUUGAGCUUGGAUGACAAAAAUGCUGCCUGUCACAAGGUAAAUUGUAUGUGAUGCAUUGUUGACCAACCAUGAGGUUACCCUGUGUUCCAGAGGAUAUUUUUUUUCUUAUCGAUACUGAUCAUUCGCAGCGAAGCCACAUCAACAAGGGGCGAGGCGCUCUUAGGUAUUUUGAGAAUGGACCUACCUCUGGAGCUAGGGUACCAUGAGGUCAAGGUGGGAAGGAAUGUGUGACAAAGCCCUAAGAAUGUCUGGGUAGGAGGGUAUAGAGCCAUUAACAGUGUUUUAGCUCUGGAGCCCUCAGUGGUAAGUAAAAACCUGGAUUAGCACUUAAUAUCCUCUGAACAACCCAGACGCCUGUUUCACAAAAGUCCUGAUAAUAAUAUUAAUAGGCCUGGAAAUCUGUUGUUAUUUUACACAGGGUAGAAGUUUCGAUCGUUUUGCAGAUAACAUGAUUAACUAUCAGUAAGCAAAACAAAAUGGACUAGCUAGUUUGUCAGCUAAGACUUGCUCUUUUAUUCUUUAGACUAUGAUUUACAUGUUUGAUUUUGGACCCAAAAAGUUGCCUGGACUAAUUAUUUGAGAAACAGGCCCCAGGCGUGGACGUCUUAGAACCUCUCUUCUGGUCUGAAAAUUAGGAGAACAGUGCAUUAUACACUAAAUCACCAUACAUUCAUUUGUUCUGUUUUCAUUUACAGUGGUUUGGAAUUUCAGUCUCACUUGUUGGUGACUACUUAGGAGCAAAGUAUAAAUUUGAGAACUCAACCACCGUCAAGGAACAUUUAGAGGUGAGAUUUCUGUAUUCAUUAACUUCAUCCCUUCUAUAAUCAGUGGUAGAGAGAAAUGCCCAUUUUUGACAUUGGAAAAAAUAGCUUAAUAUAAAAGAGGCACAUUUUGACAAGUGGUAAGUAUUUUGGCAUUUAAUUUGUAGGCCAGUAGGUUUUUGUAUAGGCCAUGCCAAUGCUUUUCUCCUUCAACAAGCAAGUAAUUAGUACAGCUAAUCCAGCCAGGUUUGCAAUUGGCUUUAUAUAGACUGUAAUCUCAGGGGGGGAUCCAGGAUUUUUUUUAGGAGGGGGUGCACUCGUCUCUUGCUCUACUUCGACACCAAUAAACCACAUAGAGCAGAAUACCAGUUUUAUUAGAAAAUCGCAGGUCAUCUUGGGGGGGUGGGGAGGUGCGCACCCCCUGCACCCUCCCCCUAGAUCUGCCCCUGAAUCUAGUGACGGAAUACCACUGUCUCACCCGAAUUUUAAAACUUUAACAUCCCUGGGCGACCGUGCUGUCAUUGCUUCGGUGCCUAUCUAAACUCUGGAACGAUUUACCUCCAGAAAUUGGAAUUGUCAAAUUUUUUGACACUUUAAAAAAAAAUUUAAAGAUGCAUCUUUUCAGUAAGGCUUUUCAUUCUUAGUUAGGUUUACUUAAUACCUAACACAACUAUAUUAUUUUCAUUUAUUUUUAGCAAAACUUUUAAUGACGUACCUUUUAGUAAGGCUUUUUACCUAGCCUUCCUUUAAGGUUUCAGUAAGAGACGGGUUAUAAAAUGGCCUGGGUUUUUCCAUCGUUGUCGAAUCGCCCUCUGCUCUUUAAAGCGCAUGUCUGUACUGGCGAAAUAUCAUGUGAUAUCUUAUUUAUCAUUUAGUUAUUUUUAUUUUGUGUAUUUUUGUAAUGCGCAGUUGAUCAUCCCGUCAUGAAACUGCGCAAUAUAAAUUCUAAAUUAUAAUUGUAUUAUUAUUAUUCUUAAUAUUAUUAUUAUUAUUGUUAUUAUUAUUUUGGUACAAAGUACUUGCUUGUUACUCUUAUUUGCAGGAUUACCCCCGGGGUAUUAGGUGUUCAGUAGUAGCUGGGUAAAAACGGACAGCAACAGUAACAACAAUGACAUUUUAAUGAAACUGUUUAAACAUUAAUUUUGAUGCAACCUAUAAUUAUUUAUUGCCUUUUUCAGGAACAUCAGCCUCAUCUAGAAAAAUUCAUUUGAACACACUGACAAAACCGGAAAACAGUUUCUUCUCCAAAAAAUUAUUGUCUUGAAUGAAGCAGCUUCUUUUGCAAUGGAGACGUUAUCACUCAGGCAAAAUGUCCCCAGAGCCAAGAAACGAUAAAAGGCAGUUGUAUUCACAGGCUACCAAUAAAUAAGCUUCAGUAACAAAAACCCCUUUGUCCAUGUGCUUACAGAUUGUAUUAGUUAAAAGGUGACUUGUUUUACACAGAUAAGCUCCUGGGCCUCAGAGGCAAUAUGGUACUAAAUAUGUUUUUAAUUACCUUUAAACAGAAAGCGGCAGAAUUGGAUCCAAAAGAUCCCAUCUGCCAGCAUUUCCUUGGUAUCUGGUAAGUAUCAUCAUUAAUUUUGUUAACUCAUAGCCAUAUGUGUGUAGUAGCGUUUUUCAUAAUAUUUAUAUUUUAUAACAUUCAGGUACUUUAACUUUGCUGAAAUGAGCUGGCCUACCAGAAAAUUUGCAAAGAAAAUCCUUGGGUCGCUACCAACAUCUACAUAUCAAGAGGUAAGGAGCUCCAGGCGGGGGGGGGGGGCAUUGGAAUUGUGGUUAAAAAUUAUUUAAGAACAUUGUAUAAGAAUUUUGAAAUGAUAUUUGAUCUGCCCAAGUUUUUGUGAUCUAAAUAGUUGUCUGCUUUUGUUUCGUCUUCCUUUACUGAACAUUCGGUUUUCAUUUUUUUAAAACAAGGAGAGUGGUUUCUCAGUUUUGCAGUUAUCUGUUUCUCUGUCUUUCCAGGCUUUGAAAUGGUUCAGUCACGGAAAGCUACAAUUUUUGAACAGUUUCAAGGGCAUUCAUAAGUUUUUUUGUAAAGUACAUUGAGAUUUAUGAAUAUCUGGGGCACCCAUCAACUGUCUUCUGUAAAUUAUCUCUUCGGAGAAGCAAAUAUUGCUUAGAAUUUUCUAUUACUUGAGGAGGGCUAAAAAUAUUGCUAGAUGACCGUUCCAUUCAUGUACAAUUUUCGAAGCUCAUCAAAUACAUUUCCUGCGAUUUUCUGGAGUUUGAUUUUUCACAUUUCAUUCCCCAGGUUAGGCUAUUUUGUGUACGAAAAAGGAAACCUAAAAUUUUCGGAUUCAAAAAUGUGAUGGAGAGAGGAAUCAAAAAAUUAAUUUUCUUUUUCGCGAUGCGCUAAAUUACAUCUAUUAUACUACUACAUGAGAAAUUUCUGCAAUUUGAUUGGCUUAGAGCAGUGGUUUUUCAGCUUAAUUUGAAAUACCACAUGUGAAAUUACAAACCGUUUGCAGGUAGUAGUAUAAACAAAUAAUAGCAUGAUUUGUACGUGAUAUUUGGCAAAAAUACCACUCGUGGUAUUUCAAAAUUGUCUCAAAUUUCACUCGCAAUUACGUAUAACAAUUUCGAAAUAUCACUCGUGGUAUUUAUGCCAAAUAUCACUUCUAAUCAUGCUAUUACCUAUACAAAUAUUACGAAAUAAUACUGAAGCCCUUGUAAUUUCGAAAAGCCUCAAGUUCCCUUAGGAUCACCAAACAGUUAGAAAUUUUAUGGCGCCACUCAGAAUGCAUUUCUAGAGGUCUUGAAAUACUCUAGAUAGCCUAAAAAGUGUUUUCAAUGAAUUUUGGGGGAAACUAGCCUGCGUAGCUGGCGGUAUUGUGUAGUAGUCGAGUGAGAUUUGGCGGCGGAGCCGUUGUAAUAUAUUCGAGUGAGAUUUGACGGCGGAGCCGUCACUCGUCCCUACUCCCUUUUUUCGGAACACGGCUCCGCCGCCAAAACUUAAAUCUCGAACCCACAAAAUACCGCCAGCGACGCAGGCUAGGGGGAAACCGUCGUUUAGUGCCCCUGGAAUAUGCCCCUUUUCUCGUUUUUUUUUCGUGUUAGUAUUCAUUUAGUAUUCAUCGGUUUUUAAUGUACCUUUGUGUUGGUUGUCGAUUUUUAUAGGCUGUGAUAUUCCUUUCUUAGAGGGGUGUUUUAUAAUAAUUAUAGUAUUAAAAAACAAAACGAAAGAAAAAACAGUUGGAUGAUAACUUUGUAAAAGAAGCGAAAAAACUUGUUAAGUCACACAAAUAAGCCAAUCAAUUUUACUUUUUGGGAUUACCGUGUCAGGUGGCGCUUUUCAAAACUACAAAAAACCUUGGUUCGCGCACAAGAGCUAUUUUAUAAAAAUAUGAAACAGCCUGAUAGUUUCCUUUUUUUGAGGCAUCCACUCUUUUACCUUUAAUAUUGAAGGAAAAUAAAUUCUUUCUAGGUAAUUUACAUAUGUGGUCAGUUUCAAGGGAGUAAUGGUCACGUAAUGGUACUCUAAAAGAACUUUAAAAAAAUAUUGCUGUAUUUAUCUCCGGUCCGUCUGACCGCCAAUUUUUUUUCUCCCUUUAACAGGCGUUAGAACAUUUUCAGAAAGCUGAAGAGAGUAAGUAUGGAAAUAGUUAAAACGCAGGGUCGGGGCCUGGGUCGGGGUUGGGGAUCUAUCUUUUUUUUAAAAGAAUGCUCUUUUACGGUUAGGAUUAGUGUCAACCCUAACCCUAACCCCUGGAGGACACUAGACUAUUUCCUCAUAAGAGGUUGGGACUGAGGAAACAAAACUGGACCACUAUUUUUGGAAUUCGGUUUAUGCAGAACACGUUUUAGCUUUUUAAAAAGAUUACAAAUAUCAUGAUGACACAGCCCAUUUACGUAAGUGUCCAACUUAAAACCUCAAACUUGGUGCCGAAAGAGAUCAAAAGAAAGCGAACAUAUUUUACCAGUCCCUUGGCCCUUCUUUAUGUCAAAGAUCCACUGUAUAGCUUACGUUCGCAAGAAUUCUUGUUUAAAAAUCUAAAAUGUCCUUCAUUUUGUUCGGAUUCUUGUUUGUCAACAAUUACCCAUACCAUUUCAAUUUCUAUUUUCGUGGUCUGUUCUAACAAAUUUCUUGCCUAAAGUUUAUCUUUCGAAUGUAAUAUCAUAGUUACGCGAGUAUAAACAAUAGCUUGAUUCUUGCGCUGGGGAUAUCAAACAGCGUUUGCAGGAUGCGGUGCAGUGCUUGAAGUCCAUGGGACUGGGCUCCCGGCAAAAGUUACUUAGCCUGUAGAACUGGCGCAUUUUUUUCGCGUUUUUCAGGCGAGCACGAAGCGGACGUGGAGCGCGAGACACGCUCGAUGGGGGAAGUCGUAGCCUGACAAGACAACCGACAUUUCGCGAGGUCACCACUUUUUUCCCCGCGAAAUGACGUCUGAGAGACGAGCGCGGAAAUUCCAUACUGAUGACGUGUCACUACCCAGACCUGGGCAGUGCUUCUGAUUGGCUGAAGCAAAUUUCCCCCCCCCCCCGGCACGAGUAUUGCGUCAUCAGUAUGGAAUUUCUGCGCUCGUUUCUCAGACGUCCUUUCGCGGGGAAACCAGUGGUGGCGUCGGGAAAUAUCGGCUGCUUUCUCAGGCUAGUGAAGGCGCGGAAAAACAAUAGUGCGUGAACAGGCGUUAUUUUUCCGCGCCUUCCCCAGCGCUCCACGUCCGCUUCGUGCUCGCCUGAAAAACGCGAAAAAAUAGUGCCAGUUCUGCAGGCCAAAAAUGCAGGAGACAUAUUAAUUUACUCUUUUUUUUGUACGCACUAGUGGAACCAAACUUCUCUGGUAAAAAUGAUCUGAUGCUCGGAACAGUAUUUCUUAGAAUGAAAAAAAUGGACGAAGCAAAGAAAUGGCUGGAAAAAGCUACCCGUAGUUUUUGCAAGACAGUGGAAGAUCUGGAGGUAGGUGCCAUAAAUUUCUUCGCUUCUUCAUCUUUCCCUCCUGCUCCUUUGUAUUUUUAAAAAAGGGUCCUCUUGGAAGCAAUUUUUUUUCUCCUUUCUUUGACGAAUCUCAUGUAAUUGUUUGGGUGUCACCCAAAUAGAGUUUUCGAGAUCGCUUGUUUUGAUUCAAAGUUGCAAUAGACACGCAAUACGUGCGAACGUAAACAGGCCACGCGAACGACUCGUACAAGGUAAAAAUAUAUGCCAGAAAGAAAGCUCUGCUAGCAGAGUACUUGAUCCCACUCUCACGAUCUCAAAACCCUUGCAACAAAGAAACACAAUUUUCAACAAAGAAAUUUAAAGCGAUGAACAUGUUAAAGCUACGCAAAGAUAAUUUUCAAUUUGGAGGACAAGAUAAACUUAAUCUGAAGCUUAGGGUAUUUUUUACCUCACCUUAAAACCGGACGGUUUUUUCAGAAAAGUGGAAGUAUUAAAUCCAGGGAUUAAAUCUGUCAAAAAUAUUUGGAAUUUAAAACGGGUUUGGAUCUCACCCAAGAGUUUGAGCGAGUUUCAUGCCUGCUGUAAGGUGUUUGCGUUCGUGAGGAAUGACUUUUUAAAUGUCAUAUUACAGGAAACGUGCUCUGUUUUGACUUACGAUUAUUCGCUUAGCAGGGUUAAUUUUUUUGGGGGGGGUGAGCACACAGUCGACCUCAAGUUUAUCAGCUAUUACUAUCACGAGUUAUUGACGUAAAAUAUGGUUGCUGUACCUUUAGGGGAAUGACAUGCAAUGAGUGGCCAUAUAUAAAGUAUUUCGGCAGCUUGAUAAUUUAUUUUAGCUAAUUGAUCUUAGCCUAUUUAUCUUAUGAAAUAUGGGUCGACAUAGAAAAAUGCGAGUCUAACGAAGCACUGAGAUUACGCUCUACUUUAACAGGCUUAAUAUCAAUAGUGCCAACACGGACAGAACAGUGACAAAUUUUCCUCAACUGUUGUCUCGAUCCGAUAACAAGAAAUUCAGUCUUGUCAUCGUUGAUCUUUAGUUUGUCCCGGUAGAUCCAUUUACGUAAAUUACUAAUGCAUCGCUCCAUGGCUUCCAAUGCCAUCGCUUGAUCCGUAGGACUGUUAGGAUCGAAAGACAAGUAAAGUUGCGUGUCGUCAGCGAAGCAAUGCGCAUUCGGCAGGUGGUCUUGUACUAUCUCAAAGAGCUUGGAGGCGUAAACCACAAACAGAAGCGGGCCGAGAAAGCUGCCUUGUGGGACACCAAAACGCAGAUCAAAGCUAUCAGAUGUAGCUCCCUCAAACAAAACACGCUGGCUGCGUCCCGACAAAUACGACGAGAACCACUCUAAAGCCUUCCCGCCUAUACCAAAAUCAGUCGCUUGACCACUUAUACGUCAAUAUACGCUCCCACGUCUUGUUGACUAAUUAACAAGUAAUUAUGGAAACUUUCACCUGAAAUGUUGCCACAAUUAACUUUAAGAUGCUCUUAAAAUAUUUUUCUUUCACAAAAACACCCUCUUGCAUUUUUUUCUAUCCUUAGGCGCAGCGUGAGGCUCACAAGAUGUUGACGACGAUUUUUUAAAAGCAAAAUGUUUACCUUCCAGCGGCAUAAAUGAAUACCUCCACCAAGUGGACACGUUAGUCUGGUGCAGUCCAGUCCGCUCAUGGAAGGUUCAAAUUUUGAAUCUGUUACGUCAUUUUAAAUAUCCCAUUAAAUAUGAGUAAUUU